UUCCGAAAGGGAAAAUGGUGGCCAGCUGUCAUUUGGGUGAAAAGUGUGAUUUCGUGAAAUUGUAAUAGUGUUGGGUUGGAUAAAGGGGGUGAAGUUGGUUGACAGAGUAUUAGAAAAUAAGUGCAUUACGUAAUGUUAGAAUAUUAAUGUGUAAAAACAAUCUAUAAAUCAUCGUCAUCUAGUCCGCUUAAGAAAACCAUCCUGCGUGUGUAAAUACAACCAUAGAUCCACACAGCCAAGCAGUGCAAUGAAAGCCUCCCCUCGACGUGCUUCACUGUUUACAAUCCUUAUUUCCCGUAUCACACAUGUGUGUAGAUAAUUUUCCAUAACCUAAACUACAGUCUAAUAUCCGAAAUAUAUGAACUCCCUUGAAUAGUGACACUCAUUAAAGUUCUCAAAUCAAUAAUUUUUAUUGACUUUUCAACCUAAAGGUUUGUUCUCCACCUUUGACCAACAGCUGCAUAAUAUAUUACCGAUCAAAUUUGAUAGCCAUCAUUGAUACAUUAAGUAAAUCAGCAUGGGUUCGAGUCAACAAUUUUCAUUACGAUGGAACAACUAUCUUAAACACAUAACAUGUGCAUUUGACACACUACGAUCUGAUGAGGAUUUGGUCGACGUCACAUUAAGUUGUGAAGGAAAGCGAAUAAGAGCGCACAAAAUGCUAUUAUCCGCAUGCAGCACAUAUUUCAGGGACUUAUUCAAGGAAAACCCAUGUCAGCACCCAGUCAUAAUAUUUCGAAAUGUUAAAUUUGAUGACCUUGCUGCCCUGGUCGACUUCAUGUACCAAGGGGAAGUAAACGUAGUUCAAGAACAACUCGGCAGUUUCCUCACAACGGCAGAACUUCUUGCAGUUCAGGGUCUAACAGACGGUACAGGAAAGGACACGGAUAGUAUGCUCGAGGAUGACACGGAUCUUCCGAACGAACCAGAAGUACAGCUCCAAAAUGCUCCAAGUGCAUUAACAACGAGUAAUCACGGUUCAACUUCACCCUCUUCACCAGCCCAUUUUUCCACUCUCGAUAUACAGACAGAAACUCCACCAAAUAAACGCCGAAAAUGUCGUGAAAGUGGGUCUAACGUGGAUAAAGGAACAACAAGCAACACAGUAUCUUCUAAAGAUUCAGAACGAAAGACAACUUCUGACAGCAACACUACAUCAGGUGAUUCGGUUGAAAUAAUUCCCCUGAUGCCAAAUUUGAAACUUGAAAUGCCAGAAUACCUUGAACAAGAUGGCAGCAGUUGUAGUUACGAAGAACAAAGUGCAGGUGAAAGUUCAACGAACAGGAUCGCCUUGGAAGUUAAUCCAUCCGAAGGCAAAUUCAAUCAUGAACAUAAGCCGGAUAUUAGUCACUCAUUUUAUUCUGCUAAUCAGUCUACCUCUGAUGCGUCAUUAGAAACCAAGAAUCUUUCCGUGGACCAGGGUGAGAACCUUUUUACAGUUCAUUACGCAGCUCGAUUUCCUAAGUGUGCCUUAUACUUGAAAUUACAUAACCUCCUAUUUUUCUCAGGCCAUUUGCUGUCCAAGCCGAGUACAUCUGGAGAAAGAUUAUCGCAGGAGGCAGCACAGGAUUCUCGCACAGUGGUCAUCGAACACCCGUUACAUUCAUGCAAACUAUGUGGUAAAUCAUUUUGGAAUCGGGAUUCAAUGUAUAAGCAUAUGAACAUGCAUAAAGGAACAACCCAGUGCCCAGUUUGCCACAAAGUACUCAGCCGUACAACACACAUGAAACGUCAUCUCAGAAAUCGUCACGGUUGGCCAGGUUCUGGAGCUCCACCAGAGCCCUUACAUACUUCAACUCCGUUACCCACGUCAAAUAUUUCUACGCAGAAUGCUACGAGCGUUGAGGCUAAUACGACAUUUACCACCAUACGCAUUAGAGAAAGCAGCGUUGAAAGAAUUACUUCUAGUCCUAUUCCUUAGUUUUAUACAGUGAUAAGUUGUAUACCAAAGAUCACAUCUCUAUGAAUACAUAUACAGAUACAUUAAUAUAUAUAUAUCUAGGUAUAUAUGCAAGCACAUUGAUAUAUACAUAUAUAUAUUUCAAUAUUGUUUUGUUCUUAAUAUUCAACAAUAAUACGAUUAGUUAUUAUUAUUUAUAUAUAAAUUAAAUUCAUCCAACCCUAGUCAUUCAUAUUAUAAGAACAAAACAAAAUAUACAAAUAACAUUUUUUAUAUGUAUGUAUGAGUGACCAGAGACCUUAUUAUACUACGCAAACCAAAAAAAAGAAAUGAUAUAAAUAUAAAUUAUAAUAAUAAUAAUAUAAUAGUAAUAAUAAUUAUGAUAACAACUGUUUAUUUUAUCUAGUCAGAAAUUAAUUUUGGUACUUACAUUGUAUAGUGGUAUAAGGUACAGCGCGUUGAAGAGGAAUGUGCAUCCACCUUUUUUUUUAUUCUUGUCUGUGGAAUCACUUUUUCACUUUUUGUUUUACUCCUUUUUUCCGUUAUUUUCUUAAGCUUCUAAUUGCCAGGGUUAAUCAUGAAACUAUGCUUGCCAAAGAUUGCGUUCUGAAAAAAUCCAUAUCCAUCUCCAUUCACUGAAAAUGUAAUUAUAUCAUGAUGUUGAUAUUAAUUAUACCUUUACGUUCUAAGGCCCGAUCAAGGAACGAUAGAAAUUUUUUGUUCAAUUAUUUUCUGUUACAAUGUUUUCCAUUUUCGAACUUUUUAGUAGUGCAAUAAUGCAUGUAACUUUAUUUCAGUCCAUCAGUUAACUAAAAAAAACAAAACCAAAUAAGGCUAAUAUAAAAAUCAUAUCUUAUAGUUGAUUAUUAUAAUCGUGCUUUGAAAUUAUACCAAAAAAAAAACCGAAAAUUAUUAUUUAAAAAUUUACAGUUAUUUGCGAGUUAUUUUGUGAUUUAUAGAGAAAAAAAACAAAUAUAUCUUAUUAUCUCUUCAUUAUUAGUUCGCCAUAUGUGUAUAAUUUAAUAUAAUAAGUGUUUAUUUUGUUUAGAAACGAAAAUGAGAAAAUACCAAUUAGUUUAUGUUUGAUUAAUACUAAAUCGAUAUAUAUAUAUAUAUAUAUUUUAUUUUUUUUUGCUCAUUGAUGCGAUAUCAUUGCACAUCACAAUUUUCUUUUGUUAUUUAUCAAUCAAUAUGCCGGUAUUGUGGGUACGAGAUAUCAUCUGCACAUUCCUCAAAGUAACUACAAAUGAAAAAAAGAAAAAACCAAAAAAAUAGUAAUAAACUGCUAAAACAACCAAGUACAAUAUAUACCAUAUAUAUUAUACCUAGAAUAAUUGAAAAAAAUGAGGUAAUUAGGCAGAUUAUUAUUAUUUAUAAAAUCAUCUUUAACCAAAUAUAAUAUAUACAUACUUAUAUGCUUAUGACCCAUUAAAAAAAAAUCAAAAAAAGCAAAGGGGAGAAUAUUGUAAAAUGAUGUGUGUGAAUAAUAAAAGUUUAAAAACUUA